GGAAGACUCGAGCUUGAUAGAGGCUAGAGUCUAGAGACCAAUUGGAGGAGUCGUUGGGCUCAUUCUUUGUGGCGACAGCUGAGAGAGACAAUGGAAGUAUUAUAUGCUGUUAGGGAUCCUGAUGCUGUGGAGCCAGUGCCAGACGAUUGUCGGGUUCUGGAGACUUUAGACGGCGACCCGCUUGACGCCCUGGAGAAGCUGUUUCCAGACUGCUCAAAAUAUGUGUGGGACAGUUCUAUUCCUGCUUGGGCCCCUCUGAACGAAAACAGAAAGAGACUGCUGACAUGGAGAUCAAGAAUAUGGGUUGUGCGGCACGCAGCAAGGAGCAGUGGAAGGAGUGCAACGGUCGAGGACUUGGAAGCAUUUAAAGUUGAGCAAGAAAGAUUGAGGAAGGCAGAGUUGGAUUCGUACAAACAGCAGCUGGAAGAGUUCACCAAGGCGCAGGAAGCGGCCCGGGCGGCAGAGCAACGUCUCAAGCUGCACUCUUAUAAGACGCCAAAUGAGAUUGGGAGCAGAAUCCUAGAGUCAGUGACUGAGGGGGGCAGAGUCAGCAAAACAGCUUUUGAAAAGACACUUGCACCUCUGAGUCACACUCUCCUGGACUCUCUCCUCCAGGAUGAAGACGCUGCACGUGCGUGGCAGGAGCUACAGCGGGUCAGGACGUCACUUCAAGAGCGCGAUGCGCAGAGCUUUUUCAUGACCCUUUGGCGGUCCCUUCUCCGAUUAAAUAAGAACCCGCACAGUGUUUUCGUAGUUGACAGCUCGGAGAGUGGUUACGGGCUGAAAAAGCCGGACAUUGGUAUCAGCAAGACCAGUGACAAGCUCGCUGCAUACUUGGUUCUCACAACCAGCCUAAAGAAAUUGAUAAGGCCGGGAGCGCUGCAUCACGAAGCGAUCUCCCAGUGCAGCGAAAGGAUGCAGAGUCUGCUCUUCCCUCAGCAGCCAGAACGCACCGAGUUCUAUGCAUUGGCAGGUGGUGCUGACGGUGUCGAGCUAUGGUCCUGGAAAGCCGGCACAGAAAUGUUCUGGUCCUCUGGCAUCCUGCCCUUGGAUUGGUCUAAGGACUCGGACGCUUUGCAGCUGCUUGUCCGCUUGGCUUCCACGUCGCCAGAGAGUCUAGGGUACCAGAGUGUUACUCUACCUGCGGUGUUAGUUGAAGGAGAGCUCCUGACCGAUGUGCGGCGGCUAGAUGCGGGUGAUGGCCCCUUGAGUUCUCCGAUCCAGAAAUCUACGACAGUCCUGUUGGGGAUGCUGAGGGGCAAGAAGGUUGUUGCCAAGCGGUCCUAUCAGAUUGUGCGCGAGGAAGAGGCCCUCAAAGCGCUUGAGGGCCAGGUCCAGCACAUCGUACGCGCCGUGGGCAAGGGCGUCGAUGACUGUGGGCAUGAGUGGUUGAUCCUGCAGCCUUGCGGAGUGCCCCUGCCCAGCGGACCAGCAGCGGACGUGCUCCGACACGUCCUCCAGAUUGCUGAGAUCAUCGGACAGCUUGCCGCAGCGGGCUGGUCCCACGGCGACAUCUCGUACGCCAACGCGCAGGUCUUUCCGGACGGGCACGCUGGACUGAUUGACUUCGGCGCAGCGCGGCGUCUGCAAGAAGCAAUCGGAGCAGGGGAGUGGCCAACGGGGACUCCCACAUUUAUGAGCCUGACGCUCCUGCGGCAUCGAUUAGGUGGCUUGAAGUCGGUCGGGGCGCCCUUUCAGGAGGAGGCGGCGUGGGUGUCGAACGAUCUUGAGUCGUUGUUGUAUGUAUUCUUUCACAUUGCUACCGGCGGAAAGUUGGUUUGGGCGGGAUACACAAAUAUUCAGAGAGAGGCAUACGACGUCAAGUUCACGGUCAUGAUGGACGAGGUGGUGUUUGAGAGGGACCUCCUGGAGAAAAUAGAGGACGGGUUGCUGAAGGAUGCCGCCCUGGAGCUGAGGAACGUCUUCGUGGUUGACAGGCGCCUCAAACAAAACGUCUCGGUCGCUAGUUUUGUCAAAGUGCUCAGCCAGUUUCUUGAGAAAGAAUAACAAAGGGCUUAUUGUUUGGGACGAAGGGAGAACGGACACCUUUCACUGCAGAAACAUGUAACAUUUGAGUGCUGGCUGUCCAGCUAGAGGGGACAACUCAGCGAGGCAUACGUAGCACAAAAACGAAAAGGCCGCCCUUGCUUGCUUUUGGUUGUGGCACGGCAUCAAGCUCGCAUAAGGGCAAGUCUGUGCUAUGACCCUCCUUCUUCAUAACCAAGAAUAA